AUGUUUGAGGCCAGAAGGGGGUCGUCUCCGUUCAUACGCGAAGGAGACCGGAUUGAGCGAGCCGUACCUGCGUUAGAACAACCCCAUCCCGCGGAAAAACCGGAUAUUAGCUUCGCCAUCACCAAUGACCCUGGCCUAAUUCAAAAUGACAACAAAACGGCAAUUUACACGGACGGAAGUAAGACGGAAGGAGGAGUAGGAGCCGCCUGGUCCAAAUGGGAGAAUGGAAGGGAAAAGAAGUGGAAAAAGAUAAAGAUGGCCCCUUACUGCACCGUGUAUCAAGCAGAGCUGGCAGCUCUCGUUGGUGCAGUGAGGGAGGCGAUGAUAGCGGGUACUGACGUGAACAUCUGCAGCGACUCGCGGUCUUCGCUCGAGGCGAUUGCGGGCGGACGCUCUCGAAAUCCCCGAGUAAUCGAGAUCCGCAGACACCUGGUGGAGAGCCUUAAAAAGGGCCAGAACAUUAAACUCCACUGGGUGAAAGCGCACGUCGGCACGGAGGGGAAUGAGAGGGCGGACGAACUUGCGAGAGCCGCUGCGGAGACCUCGAAAGUCAAAGCGGCUCACGUAGAGUACCCGCUGUCAUACAUAAGGAAAGAGAUUAGAAGGAAGACAAUUGAGGAAUGGGACCGGCGGUUUAAAGAAGGAACGACAGGAGGAACCACAAAAUUGUUCCUGAUAGAUGUCACAGCGGCACACAAACUAGUGAGGGAAAAAGAUUUAGUCCGGAAAUGA